CGCGCGGCGCGUCAUCGGAGAGGGACGACGACGAUGGCGGCGCUCGGUGCACCAGAAGUGAUCACACAGCUGGAAAGCGCUGCCAAAGUUUUAAUGGCUCCGCCGUCCAUGGUCAGCACCGAACAGAGGCAGCAUGCCGAACACAUAUUCCUCUCCUUCAGGAAAUCCAAAUCACCGUUCGCCAUCUGCAAGCACAUCUUAGAGACCAGUAAGGUGGACUAUGUGCUGUUCCAGGCAGCCACCGCCAUCAUGGAGGCCGUGGUGCGGGAGUGGAUCCUGCUGGAGAAGACCAGCAUCGAGUCGCUCCGGGCGUUCCUCCUCACCUACGUCUUACAGAGACCCAAUCUGCAGAAGUACGUCCGUGAGCAGAUCCUUCUGGCCGUGGCGGUCAUCGUGAAGAGAGGUUCUGUGGACAAGAGCAUCAACUGUAAAAGCGUCUUCCUCGAGGUCGGCCAUCUCCUCAGCAGCGGAAACACCACAGUGCAAACGCUGGCCUGCUCCAUCCUCACCGCGCUGCUCAACGAGUUCUCCAGCUCCAGUAAGACCAGCAGCAUCGGCCUCAGCAUGGAGUUCCACGGCAGCUGCAAGCGCCUGUUCCAGGAGGACGGCCUGCGUCAGAUCUUCAUGUUGACCAUGGAGGUGCUGCAGGAGUUCAGCCGCAGAGAGAACCUCAACGCCCAGAUGUCGUCCGUCUUCCAGCGCUACCUGGCUCUGGCCAACCUGGUGCUCUGCUGGAACUUCCUGCCACCCAAUCUGGGGCGCCACUACAUCGCCAUGUUCGAGGCCACGCAGAGCGUCACGCUGAAGCCCACGGAGAGCUGGAGGGAGGCGCUGCUGGACACUCGCGUCAUGGACCUCUUCUUCACGGUGCACAGGAAGAUCCGGGAGGACUCGGACAUGGCCCAGGACUCCCUGCAGUGCCUGGCCCAGCUGGCCUCCAUGCACGGGCCCGUGUUCCCCGACGAGAGCGCCCAGGUGUCCUACCUGGCCCACCUGGUGGAGGGUCUGCUCAGCAUGAUCAACGGGAUUGAGAUCGAGGACUCGGAGGCGGUGGGCAUCUCCAACAUCAUCUCCAACCUGAUCACCAUGUUCCCCAGAAGCACUCUGACGGCGCUGCCCAGCGACCUCUUCACCUCCUUCAUCAACUGCCUCACGCUGCUCACCUGCUCGUUCGGACGCAGCGCCGCCCUAGAGGAGGUGCUGGAUAAAGACGACAUGGUUUACAUGGAGGCCUACGACAAGCUGCUGGAGUCGUGGCUGACGCUCGUCCAGGACGAGGAGCACUUCCCUCGCGGCUGCUUCGUCCAGCCGGCCGUCCAGGUCUUCAACUCGUACAUCCAGUGUCACCUGGCUGCUCCCGACGGCACCCGGAACCUGGCGGUGAACGGCCUGUCGUCUCACGAAGAGGAAGAGAUCAACGAGCUGCAGGAGGACGACCGGGAGCUGUUCUCAGACCAGCUGUCCAGCAUCGGCAUGCUGGGCCGCGUGGCGGCGGACCACUGCAUCCCGCUGCUCACCAGCCUGCUGGAGGACCGCGUGUCGCGGCUGCACGGGCAGCUCCAGAGGACCCAGCAGCACCUCAUGGCCUCCUCUGACCCCGGGUCCAUGGACCGCAAGGUCCUGGACGACCUCUACGAGGACAUCCACUGGCUGCUGCUGGUCUCAGGGUAUGUCUUAGCAGACGACUGUCAGGGCGAGACCCCGCUGAUCCCCUCGGAGGUCAUGGAGUUCUCCAUCAAACACGCCACAGAAGUGGACAUCAACACCACGCUGCAGAUCCUGGGCUCUCCGGGGGAGAAGGCCUCGUCCAUCCCGGGCUGCAACCGCACGGACUCGGUGAUCAGGCUGCUGUCGGCCGUGUUGCGGACCUCGGAGGUCGAGUCCAGAGCGACGAACGCCAGCCUGACGGAGCUGCUGAGUCCGCAGAUGGGAAAGGACAUCAUGUGGUUCCUGAGACGUUGGACCAAGACGUACCUGCUGGUGGACGAGAAGCUCUACGAGCAGAUCAGCAUGCCGCUGAGCACGGCCUUCGGCGCGGACACGGAGGGCGCCCAGUGGAUCGUGAGGUACCUCCUGGAGAAGGUCAUCAGCAACCUGUCGGCGUGGAGCUCGGAGGCCAAGCUGGCCAACGACACGGUGGAGCUGCUGGUGACGCUGGUGGAGAAGAGGGAGAGGGCCAACAUCGUGGUCCAGUGUGAGAGCUGGUGGAAUCUGGCCAAGCGGUUCGCCAGCCGCAGCCCGCCGCUCCACCUGCUGUCCAGCUCCGUGCAGAGGUCCCUGAUGAAGGCCCUGGUCCUCGGGGGCUUCGCCCACAUGGACUCUGACGCCAAGCAGCAGUACUGGGCCGAGGUGCUCCACCCCCUCCAGCAGCGUUUCCUGAACCUCAUCAACCAGGACAACUUCGCUCAGAUCAGCCAGCAGGAGCCCGUCAAGCGUGAGAUCGUGGCCACGCUGGAGGCGCUGUGCGGCAUCGCGGAGGCCACGCAGAUCGACAACGUGGCCACGCUCUUCUCCUUCCUCAUGGACUUCCUGUCCAGCUGCAUCGGCCUCAUGGAGGUCUACAGCAACACGCCCGAGACCAUCAACCUCAUCAUUGAGGUGUUUGUGGAAGUGGCCCACAAGCAGAUCUGCUACCUGGGGGAGACCAAGUCCAUGAAGCUGUACGAGGCGUGUCUGACGCUGCUGCAGGUCUACUCCAAGAACAACCAGAGCAGGAAGCGGCACGACGCCACGGCGGAGGAGGACCAGUACCAGGACCUGCUGCUCAUCAUGGAGCUGCUCACCAACCUGCUCUCCAAGGAGUUCAUCGACUUCAGCGACACCGACGAGGUGUUCCGAAACCAGGACCAGGGCACGCCGGCGUCCGGGCGCACGGUGUCGGCGGCGGACGUGGUUCUUUACGGCAUCAACAUCGUGCUGCCGCUCAUGUCUCAGGACCUGCUCAAGUUCCCCUCCCUGUGUAACCAGUACUACAAGCUCAUCACCUUCAUCUGCGAGAUCUUUCCAGAAAAGAUCCCUCAGCUGCCCGAAGACCUGUUCAAAAGCCUGAUGUUCUCCCUGGAGCUGGGGAUGACCUCGAUGAGUUCAGAGAUCAGUCAGCUGUGUUUGGAGGCGUUGUCUCCGCUGGCUGAGCAGUGCGCCAAAAACCAGGAGAAGGACACGCCCCUCUUUGUGGCCACCCGUCACUUCCUCAAGUUGGUGUUUGACAUGCUGGUUCUGCAGAAGCACAACACGGAGAUGACGGUGGCAGCCGGAGAAGCUCUGUACACACUCGUGUGUCUGCAUCAGGCGGAGUACUCGGAGCUGGUGGAGGCGCUCCUCUCGUCGCAGAGGGACGCCGUCAUCUACCAGCGGCUCGCCGACGCCUUCAACAAGCUGGCGGCCAGCAGCUCGCCGCCCGCCAUGGACCGCAAGCAGAAGGUCGCCUUCCUCAAGAGCCUGGAGGAGUUCGUGGCCAACGUGGGCGGCUUGCUGUGCGUAAAAUAACCGCUGGAAGCCGCCUCCUCCUCCUCCUCCUCCUCCUCCUCGGGUCAUUGAAAAGCAACUCCCCCUCCCCCCUGCACUCGGUCCCUAAGAACUCUGGGUAAAGAGUCAGCUGGAGGACGUCUCUGUCUCUACCUGCUUUGUUCUAUAGCAGCACAGCGUUUACACACACACACACACACACACACACACACACACACACACACACACACACACACACACACACACACACACACACACACUGGAAUGAAGCAGAGACAGCUUGCGCUGACGGACAGCGAUAACGAACCAAAUAAAGAGGAGCAGAGCCGCCCGGCUGCUCCUCACAGCUGUUUUGUUAUUGAAGUGUAAAAGUGUACAUAAAGUUAUUGUAUAAAAAAGCUUCUUCUGCAGUUUCCUUCUUCUCGAGUGCUCCUUUUUGUUUUUAUCAUUUUAAUGAGUUAUUGAUUGGGUUUUUUUGUGUGUUUUUUUAUCGGUUAAAGUUUCAUUAUUGCGCAACUCUUCAAGACUUCUGGAGGAAGUAACUGAUAGUAGGAAGUACUAAUACUACAGUACAAAUACUCUAUUGUAUAAUAUAUUAUUAGAUCACUGGUGCUCACGGACUCAUGUAAAAGCAGGAUUUAUUCA